ACGAACAAGCAGACAAGUGUCUGACGGGAAACCAACGAAGGACAAUUGCGACUUUUUUUUCUCCCGUGUGCGGUUUGCGGUUGUUGGCCCGUCGCAAGAACGCUAGUCAUGUCCAAGCCGGUUCUCCUGUGCAGUUUUCUCGGCUCCUGCUCCUGGCGCGUUCGCAUUGUCUUACAAGUGAAGAAGAUUGACUUCGAAUAUCGGCCAGUGGAGCUGAAACCGAAUGGGGAGCAGAAAACUGCAAAAUUCAAAACGGUGAACCCAAUGGGCCAGGUUCCCGUUUUGCUAGCCGACGGAAAGCCCAUCAGCCAAUCGGUGGCCAUCAUGGAGUACUUGGAGGAGACGUAUCCGGAGCCGAGGAUGCUGCCCGCAGACCCUUAUUUGAGGGCCAAGUGUCGAGAGGUUGUGGAACUGAUCGUUUCGGGAGUCCACCCUCUGCAGAGCCCCAGCAUGAUCCCCUUUCUCGGCAAGGCUGAAUGGAAGAAGUGGGCCGACCGCGCCAUCACUCGUGGCUUCGCAGCCCUGGAAACCAUCCUUGCGGAGACAGCUGGCCGAUACUGCUUCGGAGAUGAGGUGACAUUCGCGGAUGCCUGCCUCUUACCUCAAGUGCACAACGCAUACCGCAUCGGCGUUGAUCUAACGCGCUUUCCAACGCUGCGGCGGAUUUACGAGGCACUUUAGCAGCACCCACUUGUUAAGAAGGCUGAUCCGUCGUGUCAGCCAGACACCCCUCCGACGGGAGUUCCAAACACAUUUGACCUCUUCAAGGAGCCAGGGGAUCAACAGCAGUAGGAAGCAAGUUGAAGUGUAUGUGUUGGUGAAAUUAAACAGUCGAUUUAAAGGUA